CCGGGGCGUAUCUCGGGAUCCGGAUGCUGAGGCGGGAGCGCCGCGGAGGUGCUUUCCCUCCUCCUCUCUGUGGCAGGAAGGAGGCCAGGGAGGCGCCUGGCGCGAAUAACGAAGAGCGACGGCGUCCCGGGGCCAAGGCGCGUUCUCUCUUGACGAGAAACUCCCAGCCAAUCGCUUUUCGAAGAGGCGGCGCUGCUCCGCAAGGUCGAAUCGGCGGCUGCGGCGCUUUCCUCGCCACCAGCCAAUGAGAGGAAAUGGAACGCCUCCUGGGGGCGUGGCGGUGGGCGGUGGCGCGUCCGUUGCCAGGGCGACCGCUUGAAGGAGGCGCUCGAGGCGGGCAGGGAUCUCCCGGGGCUCAUGGCCCACCGGCGCCUGGCGGAGGCGCUGCAGGUCUCGCGGGACUUGGUGGUGAGCGGGUGCGGCAAGGACGGGGUGUGGCCGGCCGAAGGGGACUCCUGCUGCCCCAGCAGCCUGGCCUGCCUGCGGCAAGUGCCCCUUGGCAAGGAUGCGCAUGGAAUCUACAGCCUCUGCUUUGCCCCGGGUGGGGGGCAGCUGGCAGCCGGCUUUGGCAACGGCUCUGUGCAGCUGGUGGAUGCCUCCAGGGGUUUGCCUGGCCCCUCCUUGUUCCCGGGGCACCGCACACGGCAAGCGGUCACUGCUCUGAAGUUCCACCGGGCGAAGCCAGGCCUGUUGCUGGCUGCCGGGGCGGAUGGCACCAUCUCCAUCUACGACCUGCUCUCACACUACCCUCUGGCUUCCUGGACAGAGACGGAGAACGAGAUCAACGCCAUGGACUUCUGCCGGGACGGAAGCUCCUUUGCCACCGCAGGCAAAGAUCGCCAUAUCCGACUCUACGACAGCCACACCAACCAGCUCUUUCACAUCAUGCAUGCCCCAGACUUCAUGGCCGGGGAUGAGUUCACACCCCUCAGCGGACACUCGCGGCGGAUCUUUGCCUUGCGCUUCCACCCCACAGAGCUGCAUCUCUUUCUGACGGGGGGCUGGGAUAAUUCUGUCAAGGUGUGGGACAAGCGGGUGUCCAAAGGUGCAAGGAGUGUGAUCAACGGGCCUCACAUCUGUGGCCCCGGGAUUGAUGUGAAGGGAGACCAGGUCCUGACGGGCUCGUGGGUGCCCCGCAAUGCCCUCCAGCUCUGGGACCUGCGCCUGUCUCGCCUGUGGCAAACCCUGCCCUUCCCCUGCAGCCCCACGCAGGGCGAGUUCCUCUACUCGGCCCAGUUUUGCAUGGGGGACGUGGUGCUGGCUGGCGGCAGCGGGACCAGUGGGGCAAGCGCCAUCCACACGGGCACAGGCCAGGUGGUCGGGGAGAUUCUGCUGCCCAACAAGCCCGUCCAUGUGGUGGCCUCUGCCCCCGGAAGCCAGGCUGUGGCUGUGGCUGGGGCAGGGGGCAACCUUCACUUGGCAGAGCUGCACUGAGCCCUGGAAGGAAGAGGCAGAGCAUCCUGCAGAUGCCCAGCCCUGGAGUUCAGGGGCAGGGAAGCCGUCAGCCCCACGCUGCCACGGCCAGGGCGGCAGAGCCAAGCUGCUGCCUCUUGCCACAGGGGUGAUGUGGGUGGGUGCCACCCCCUUUCCCCUCCUUGCCCUGCCCAGGCCCCCUGCCCUCCCUGCCUCAGUUUCCCUUGUUUGUUCUGCCUGAGGAGGGGGCUCCGCCUGGACCAGGGGAUGCCUGGAGCAGAGGCUCUUCCCUCCUUCGGAUCUGUGCAAUAAAAGCUUCUUGCAUCUGGAGAA